AUGGCUACGAAACCGUUCAUCGUGGAUUUCGGUACAGUCAGCUUAAAGGUGGGACGGGCUGGAGAGAAGAUUCCGUCAUUUGUGGCCCCUCCUUUGUUCGGUAAACCUACAUUGAGAAACCAUGAAACCGAGGCCUGUGAUUUUUCAGGUGGGAAUGACAGUAACUGGUUGGACUAUGCUAUCUUUCCACUCAACCCUAAGGAAAAGCACGACAACACGCUGCCUGUUGCUGCCGUAACCUAUGAGAAUGGUAAAUACAAGAUAAGUCACGACGUGAUGGAUAAGUUGCUUGAGUUUGCUACUAGUUCCAAAGGCGUGGAUGACAUAAUGGAGGGCGGCACAGUGAUAGCAACCGAGCCUACUGUUCACACACCAGAAUUCCGUCACACAAUGGCGGAGAUACUGGUGGAGUCACAGCGUGUCGAUAAGUUUUAUCUGUGCAAGAGAGCCUCCCUCUGUUGUUACGCCAGUGGUCGGGGCAGCAGCAUGGUGGUAGACGUCGGUGGUGCCUGCAGCAAUGUUGCAGUGGUUUCUGAGGGUUUCGUUUUACAGGAAGCGACAAAUGAGGAACCUAUGGGUGGCACUCUGUUAGAUCGCAUAUUCCUUGCCUACCUUAACCAGAACAGUACUACUAUCCGUCCAUCCUUUGAGUACGUGAAGGCCCCGAAAGCAGAAGAAAACGGGGGUAACAAAUCACAAAAAACGAACAAUGAAAUGCGAUCAGUUGGUUUGCGUAAACUUCCGUACGUACGAAAGGAAUACUACGAGUAUGCACGACUUUAUGCUACAUCUAGGGUAAAGGAGACGUGUUGCGUGAUUGGUGAGAAGCUAAAUGUGGAGGCGCAACCCAGCAAUUCAUGUUUCGCAUUGCCUGAUGGCAGUUAUCUGGAUGUUGAUAUGGGUAAGGAUUUAUGUGGAAUAUUUUGUCGUUGCCUGUUCAAUGAACCUGAGUAUCUACAAGAUGCUAAGAAGUUCAAGGCCCUGGAAUCGCAAGAGUUCCCUAUGGGAGUGGGUGAUGGAGGUACAUCUCUGGGCCAGUAUUUCGGCAGAUACUGUGGACUUGACGGAUUGUUGGCGAAAUCAUACGAGACUGCAAGCCAAAUGGAUUCCACUGCUUGUAUUCCAGACGCAUUGUCUACGGUGAUCCUGUCAGGUGGUACAACCAGACACUCCGCAGUGCUCCCGUUGUUGCAGAAACGCUUCAAUGAUCGUAUGCCAGGUGUUGAAGAACCCUCGUACAUGGCUGUUGGCGGUGAGGAGCAGCAAUAUAGCAGUUUUAUUGGAGCUUCAAUCCUGUCGUCGCUGGGUAUCUUUGAGUCGCUGUGCAUAUCACGUGAAGACUGCCAGGAGCACGGGCUUGAAAGGAUCCUCCAACGCAAGUGUCCUUGA